AUGGUACGAAUCAUUAGAUUUGGAGGAAAUCUUCAAGGAGUUAAUGAAGCUCCAGAAAGAUUUAAUGUUGCGAGAAACAGGAACGGAAGCAGUCCAGUUCACAUCGGGAAGGUUGAAAUCACCAGCAAGAAGAAAAACAGCAAGAAGUGGGACAAGGAAGAGAGGACUUCGUCAACAGACACACAGAACCGUUCAUAUACUGAAAGCAGGCUGUUUGAGGCGGAAAUGUAUACGCCGCAGACUAAAAUAGGGGGAAACCCAUUUUUUUUUUGUUAUCGGCCGAGAGUUUCCGGUAUUCCAAGAGCUGGAGAAAUUAACACAAGCGGCGUGGAAACCCGCAAGAUUGUUCAAGGAAACAUCCAUUUCAAGGAGGAGUUCCCGCUAACUUGCUUCCGGUCAACGUCCACCGGGGCAGCCGAUGCCGUGAGGGGAAGAGUUGGAUUCAGCCAGGGAAUCCACAUGUGGGCGAUCCACUGGCCUGCUGAGCUCCGUGGCUUGCACCCUAUGGUGGGUGUGGGUACAAAAGCCGCUGAUCUACACGGCAACGGAAUCAAUUCUAUCGUGGGGAGUGACGACCAGUCCUGGGGAUGGAACCUGAGCACCCUGAGACUACGUCACGACUGCAGCAUGGACAGUGCCGACUAUCCUGUUGUAGCACCUUACGAUGAUUUUGAAGUGCCCGACAGUUUUGGUGUUGUACUGGACAUGUAUAAGGGAACACUGGGUUUCCUCAUCCGAGUUGGCGACAGAAGAUGUUACCUUGGAGAUGCCUUCACUGGGCUGCGUGGGAAGGUGCUAUUUCCCAUCAUUAGCACCAGCUCAGUGCCCUGCCAGGUCACCAUCACUUACAACGGCGGCUUGGACUCGGAACCCCGCUCCUUGAUGGAGAUUUGCAAGAAGUCCAUCAUGCAGACUGUUGAAGAUGACGACCUUGAAAUGAUAGAAGAGCUGGACUUGCCUCAGACAGUUUAUUAA